AACAAAACAAAACAGCAAAAAUUGAAGUCUACUUGUCGUCGUCUUCCACUAAUUUCCGUAAUUUUAUCGAAGACUUUUUGAAGCAAGAAGUACAUUUGCAGAGUCUGUCAAUAACCCUUUCUUCACGGUACUGGUAUUACUCCUUUCUUUUAUGUUUUUUUGGAAUCUGGGUUCUCCGAUUUUGAGGGUCUCUUUGUAAUCUUUAAAAAUCAGACAUCUCCUCAUGGCGAAGUUAUGUUGCUUCGGUUCUUCAGACUACGAUCUUGUGGUUGGGAGAGCGUCAACUAGUUCUGGAAAGGGAAGAAACAGCCAAGGAGAGAUUAAAUUCGGUUACAGCUUAGUGAAGGGAAAAGCUAAUCAUCCAAUGGAGGAUUAUCAUGUGUCCAAAUUCAUGAAAGUAGAUGGUAGCGAGCUCGGUUUGUUUGCAAUCUACGACGGUCAUUUGGGUGAACGUGUUCCUGCUUAUCUACAGAAGCAUUUGUUCUCCAAUAUCCUCAAAGAGGAGCUGUUUAGGUAUGAUCCUCACAGAUCUAUAGUUGCUGCCUAUGAGAAGACAGACCAAACCAUUCUGUCACAUACUUCUGACUUAGGCCGUGGUGGCUCAACCGCUGUAACCGCUAUUCUAAUGAAUGGACGACGUUUGUGGGUGGCAAAUGUGGGUGAUUCCCGGGCGGUUCUAUCUCAAGGAGGUCAGGCGAUACAGAUGACUGUCGAUCAUGAGCCACAUACUGAAAGGUUGAGCAUCGAGGAUAGGGGAGGCUUUGUAUCGAACAUGCCAGGAGAUGUCCCUCGGGUUAACGGGCAGCUAGCAGUUUCUCGGGCUUUUGGGGACAAAAGCCUCAAAACACAUCUACGGUCAGAUCCAGACGUUAAAGAUUCAUCUAUAGAUGAUCACACAGAUGUUCUUGUUCUUGCUAGUGACGGUCUAUGGAAGGUGAUGGCUAACCAAGAGGCGGUCGAUAUCGCGAGAAGAAUCAAAGAUCCAUUGAAAGCAGCGAAAGAACUAACUACCGAAGCGCUGAGAAGAGACAGUAGAGAUGAUAUAUCUUGCAUCGUCGUCAGAUUAAGGUGAUGAAAGAUCUUUUGAUACUCAUCAAGAAAAAAGAAAAAAAAAAAAAGGAUGGAACCAUUAAAAAUGGCAGAAACCAUAUAAAAAUAAGUUUGACAUUGAAGAGUAGUAGAAGAUAUUUUUACUUUGUUUUUUUAUAUUUUUUUUACCUUUGGUGUAAAAUGGUUGAUUGGUUUUCGCAAUGUUUGGUAAUUUUAUUGGAUUGACUUGUGGUUUGUGUAAGUGGGAAUGAAUCAUAUGAGAUUUGGACA